AAGGGGAGGGGAACAACGUGGAUUUUUUUUACUGAAUGCCUGCUACAUUAUUUUAAUCGGAAUUCCACAAUUCCUGCAGAGCUCCAAGUUAACCUGCAAGAUGACUGUCGUUGCGGGAGAUAACAUGGAUGAGACCUCGGCGGUGCCUGGGCACCCGCAGGACACAUAUCCCCCUGACCACGAUGACCACGAUUGCUGCGAGAGGGUGGUCAUCAAUAUUGCGGGGCUCCGAUUCGAGACGCAGCUAAAUACUCUCUCACAGUUUCCAGAAACAUUGCUCGGCAAUCCCAAGAAGAGGAUGCGGUACUUCGAUCCCUUGAGAAAUGAAUAUUUCUUUGACAGAAACCGUCCCAGCUUUGACGCUAUUCUCUACUAUUAUCAAUCUGGGGGUAGGCUGAGGAGACCUGUGAACGUCCCGCUGGAUAUGUUUUCGGAAGAGAUCAAAUUUUAUGAGCUCGGGGUCGAAGCGAUGGAGAAAUUCCGCGAGGAUGAGGGUUUCAUCAGAGAGGAAGAACGCCCAUUGCCAGAAAAGGAGUUUCAGCGACAAAUUUGGCUGCUCUUUGAACACCCAGAGAGUUCUGGCCCUGCUAGAGGUAUUGCAAUAGUGUCUGUGAUGGUCAUUCUGAUUUCCAUAGUCAUAUUUUGUUUAGAGACUUUGCCUGAACUGAAAGAGGACCCAAGAGGUCGGUUAAAGACAAUAGGCAACACUACUUUUUACUACAAACCAAAUAUCUUGACCGACCCUUUCUUCAUUAUCGAGACUCUCUGCAUUAUCUGGUUCUCCUUUGAAUUGAUAGUUCGCUUUUUCGCGUGUCCCAGUAAGGCGGCCUUCUUCAAGAACAUGAUGAACACUAUUGACAUAGUGGCUAUCAUUCCCUACUUCAUCACACUGGGCACGGAGCUGGCUGAAGACCCCAACGACGCCGAAGAAGGGGUAGGAGAACAGGCAACAUCUCUGGCCAUCCUCAGGGUGAUUCGUCUGGUCAGAGUGUUCAGAAUCUUUAAACUGUCAAGACAUUCGAAAGGAUUGCAGAUUUUGGGCCAGACACUCAAGGCCAGUAUGAGAGAGCUUGGAUUGCUGAUCUUCUUUCUAUUCAUCGGUGUCAUCUUAUUCUCCAGUGCCGUAUACUUUGCUGAGGCAGAAGAGGGAGAGUCCCACUUUCACAGCAUCCCGGACGCUUUCUGGUGGGCAGUGGUGUCAAUGACAACAGUGGGAUAUGGGGAUAUGGUCCCAGUUACAAUAGGGGGCAAGAUUGUAGGCUCUCUGUGCGCCAUCGCUGGAGUGUUGACAAUUGCGCUCCCAGUGCCUGUCAUUGUUUCCAACUUCAACUACUUCUACCACAGGGAGACCGAGGGAGAGGAGCAGGCCCAACUCCUAAAUGUAAGCAAUCCAAAUAUAUCUGAAACCAAUUCUAGCCGCCGUAGCUCAUCAACCGUCAGCAAAUCAGAAUACAUGGAGAUUGAUGGAGACAUAAAUAAUAGCAUCGACAACUUUAGGGAGGCCAAUCUCAGAACUGGCAAUUGCACUAUAGCCAACCAAAACUGUGUAAACAAAAGCAAACUCCUGACAGAUGUGUAAACGGAUGUAGAAUCUGUGGGACCUCAAAGUCACAUGGAAUAGACCAUCCAUUUGAAUGCUUCAUGUACCUUCUUAAAGCGCUCUAGCAUUACUACAACCAAGCUCAGCAACUGAAAGGAACCAGAAAAAAAUAAUCUAUUAGAGCAUAUGACAGGUAGAGUAAUAAAUUCUUUGAAACAAUCUUUCAAAUAUACACAUAUAUUGCAAAAAAAAAAACAUUUAACAAAAAACGAACAUCUAUUUAACACACGCGUUUGAGCCCUGGACAACUAACAGCAGCCACAAUGACUGUUCUAUCUGACACCUGCGUGAUCAUUAAACGUUAUGCAU